AUGGCUCGUCUCUUCUCCGUGGCUAUAUUGGCCCUCGCAAGCUCCGCUGCUGCUGCCCCGAGUCUCAAAGCCGCCCGCCAGACAGAGGACACCGUCAACGCGACGGUCGUGAGCAAUGUCACUCUCUCUCCAAUUCCAGUGCCACUAAAGCCUGAUUGUCUGGUCCCACAAACCAAUGUGUCUCUCGACUACGGCCUUAACAACACUGACCUUGCUGCGGUCAACGUCACCUUGUUCACCAGCUACCCUACCAUCCUGCUAGAGACCAUCUCCAACCUCACGGCUGUUGACUGUUCGUCCGACUCGGUGGCGAUAACCUUCAACAACGCCCAGGAUCUUGAUGAGGCAUACACGCAAUGGUCAUCUCAUGAGAAGCUGCUGCUCAUCACGAACCACAUGGGUGACUGUGAUACGGAGUUUGAGCGUGGCUUCUUCGUGGCUGGUACCUAUACAACCGACACAUCAAGUCUGAGUCUGACCGUCACUGCGGAGAAGACAGAUGUACACAACGUCAGCUCAUACAUGAAGACGCAGUUCCACGGCCUGCCCGCAGCCAGCACCGUGAACCCAGCAAAGCGGGACGUCGUCAUCGACCCCGGCAAGCUGACAUACAACAGCACCUGGAACCUGCCCUCCCAGGUCCUGUACGAGUACGACCCGUACGUCACCGUCACCGCCCAGUCAGGCCAACUGGACCUCGCGGUAGGCCUGAGCGGGUACCUGGAGUUCGACGUCCUCGGGCUAUCCCUGGACGUGCUGUCCGUGGACUUCGAGACCCAGAUCAAGUCGGACCUGGUACUGGAGCUGGGCGUCACGGCGCCGUACAACAACACCUUCGCGUACACCCCCGAUGCGCUGGCGUACUACAUCGUCAACGUGCCCGGGAUCAUCACCUUCGGCCCGGAGCUGCUGUUCAGCAUCGGCGCGGACCUCGACGUCGCCGCCGCGGUGGACGUCGUCCUGGACGUCGGCUCCGAGAUCGAGAACGGCACCGUGCACAUCGACUUUGUCGACUGGAACGCCACCGCCGCCGCGGGCUGGGAGCCCACGUACCACGCCAACGUCAGCAUCUCGGAGAAGGCCGAGGUGGCUGUGAGCCCGUUCGUCUCGUUCACCGUCGGCGUCGGGUUCGAGCUGCUCGGCGGCGCGCUGGACCUCAGCGGCGGCCUGACGCCCAAGGCGAGCUUCCCCACCACCGUGACGCUGGACGCGGGCCAGGAUGUCAGUGCCGGGAGUGGCGAGAACACCACGGUGAGCCAGCCUGGUGGGGAGGGUACGUGUGAGAAUGGGGCGGCUGUUGUUAGCGACUUUGAGUUCAGCUUGACGGCGUUUGUGACGCAGUGGUACAAGCAGGUAAUUUAUGAUGUCAAGGUACCUAUCGCUGAUGAGUGUUAUUCUUGGGCCUAA